AUGAACGCAUACAGUGGCUACGGAGCGUCCAACCAGAUAAAAGCGUACGUUCGCUACGAGGUGCCGGACACAGGAUGCGGACUGCCACAUCCCUGGUUCGUGAGUGGCUACAAUGCACCACCAACUCCUGUGUAUCCGGAGCAGAGCACCUACACAGCGACCCAGACAGCGAUAUCGACGCGAUAUAACGAGCUCACGAUUAGAGUUAGCAACAGCACUGGCUUCACGACCAGUAUGCCCUCCGCGCACGGCCAAACAGGCCCCGCGGCGGGUGGCGAAACGGCAUCCAGAGCAACGUAUGGAAUGCCUCCGCCAAAGACGAGACCGUCAACACUGAUAAGUACCGGUCGUACCGGGACGGUUCCGGACAAUUUCGUCCGCGUGCUAGAACAGCAACCACCUGCGUUACCGGUGGAAGACAAGAACGCUGUGGCGCCAAAUGACAAGAGCGCGACGAUCACUCAACAGUGUGAGGUAGGAUACAGUUACCGAGAGUAUCCGGACCGGCACGACGCACCGUCGCUGCCACAGAAACCAGUGCACGAGAUGUGCAGAGACUUCAGGCAUCAGCAGCAGCAGAAUAUGCCAACAACGGUCGCUGCAAUCGGACUGCUGACGAUGCUAUUCACCAUCACCGAGGCAUCGCUGGUGUCACCAUAUGAGGCGGGCGACGACGAGGACGCAAUCCACACAGUGCUGCGCCUCUAUCGGAAGCCCGAUACGCGUGAUACGGCGCAGGAGGUGCCGAUUACGAACGAUACGAUACGCAUCAUCUAUAUGUACCACGCCCGGGACCCGACGAACGUGGCGCAGGGUAUCGGUACGCUGCCGGACCCAGCGGACGCGUUCAAGGACUCGGUACCGAUCUGCCUGACGCAGCCCAUCAACCAGGUCCCGAUCGAGCUGGACUCGCGCACCCGGACGCUCGAGCUGCGCAUUUACGACGUCCCGAUACCGCAGACCGACGACAACCUGCGCUGGUGUAUGACGUUCAAGCUGGACCAGUUCGUCCGCAAGCAGCAAAUGAUUCGAUACGAACCACUGAUCGAGUCACGGUCGAACAUCCCGCAUCCGAAGCACAUGUUGCUGUACGAGUGCCAGGGCCGGCCCCCGGAGCGGGAGAUCACGCCGCAUGAGCCCGGCCAAUCGGAUGCCUACUAUCGAUACGAUCCGACUGCACCGCGGGGAAUGGGUCCACCGGGCAAUGCGGGAGGGCCAUACGCGCGGCAUCGGGCCCCACACCCGAUGCAGCAGCAGCAGCCUCCGCCGCAGUCCCAGUACCCCUCGUACCACCAGCCGGCCGGCACCGACUCGAUGUACUCGAUGCCGGACCACGGUGCGGCCGGGAUGGCCGGCAUGGGUGAUGUGGUGUGGGGGGCACAGCCACCGCCACCACCGCAACCCAAUCCGUACGCGUCACCGAUGCAGUAUGGGCUACCGCAGGUUCCACCGCAAGGCCCAACGCAGCGGCAAGCACCUACGGGGUAUCGACAGCACAUGGGAGGCUAUCCGCAGCAGGAUCCGCAGAAGCUGCAAUAUCCGACGCAGCAGUCAAUGAUGGGUGGAAUGAUGCCCGGCCAGGGUUACGGUGCGUUGAGUCAACCCCAGCAACAGCAGCAGCAGCAGCAACAGCAGCAGCAACCGACCCAACAGCAACAACCGCAGCAGCAACAAGCUCAGCAGCAGCAGCGCGUGUCGCAACACUACCCGCAACCGGGCCACGCGAUGUACCCGGGAGCCCCGGGACCGGCCCAAGCAGGGUACGGGGCUUACGGUCCAGCUGCGGCAGCGGCGGCCAUGCAGCAACAUGCCGCCGUACGGUCCGCGCACGUCUACAAUCAACACCAGCUGGAUCCGAGCGGUGGUUACGGGCAGCACCUCGGUGCCGGUGCUGGUCAGGUUCCCACAAGCCUGCACCAGCUCGGCACCCCGCAGCAGCAGCAACAGCAGCAACCGCCCGGUGGACCGGGAGGUCUAGCUCCGACGCAUCCGUCGCAGCAACCCUCCCAUCUGCCGCAACCGCAGCAACAGCAGCAACUUCAUCCGGGGCAGCUUGGUCAGCAGCAGCAGCAAACACACAACAGCCAACCGCAGCACCACCCGGGACUGGUGGCCAGCCAACCCGGUCAACAGCAGCAACAUCCGGGCCUGGUACACCCGGGGGCACAAGCGAAUCCGGCCGCUGCCGGUGGACUGCACGGGCUCGGGGCGCUGGGUCAGCAGCAACAGCAACCCGGGCCGGGUCCGGGGCAUCACCCGAUGACGCACUCGGGAGCAAUGCCCGGUGUUGUGCCAGGUGCCGGCAGCGGCGGUGGUAGUGCCGGUGGUUACGGGGCCAGUGUCCCGCAGCAACAAUCGUACCUGCCGAAUGCUACCAAACCUCAACCGACUCAGCACGGUGGAAGCCCUCAGUAUCGGGCUCCGUUCCCGCAGCUGUCGCCCCAGAUGUCACCUCGCCCCCCGCAGAUGUCCCCUCACACACAGAUGUCACCACGUCCCGUGAUGUCACCGGCGAAACCUCCCGGGGGACCUGGUGGCGUAGUGACAUCGCAAUCGCCGCAGGCAACGGCCACACACUCACCGCACCCUCAUCUGGGCGGUGGCACGGGCGGUGCCAGUGGUGGAUCGGUGGCGGGAGGCGGAGGAAUGCAGAGCCCAAGACCGCAGGGUGGCAGCAAGCUGACGGCGGCCAGUUCGGGUGGCAGUGGUGCCGUCAACACAACGCUCCAAGCACUGGAGCAGAUGGUAAUGCCACCGUCGGCUGCAACGGGCAUGGAGUACGCCCAGGCAGCCUACCGGGGGGGACCCCCGGGUGGUCACCAGCAGCAGAUGGCCAACAACCCGCUGUCUCCGCUGGGACCCCGGUUACCGAUGUCACCGCAGCACCAGCACCAGCACCAACAGUGGCCACCGAUGGCGGCCGUUCAGCAGCAACAGCAGCAGCAACGACCCGGAAGCGGAGGCAUCAACGGGAGUGCGCACCACGGACCGGGAGGUCCGCAGCAGCAGCACAUGCCCCCGAUGCACUCGGCACACGCGCCACAUCUUCACGGGGGGCCGCACGGGCCGCCGCCACCGCACGCGCAGCAGAUCAGCCAACUGAACGACAUCUCGAGCCUGAUACCUCCCGUGUCGCAAACCACUAUGCCUGUGAUACCGUCCCCGUCGGCAACGGGGCCUGGUGGCGGUCCGGGUGGCGUCCUGCAAUACGGCUCGCUGGACGACAAGUCCGUACACGGUGUCGAUCCGGUCACUUCGGUGGCCCAGCAACAACCUGUACAUAGCCUUCACCAGCCGCACCUUUCGCAGCCCCACAGUCAAUCCGCGGGUGCGCAGUCAGCGGCACAGCAACAGCAGCAGCAGCAACAGCAGCAGCCUUCCCAGCAACUGUCCUCGCUGCAGCAGCAGAUGCAGCAGCAAGCAGCAAUGCUCACGCAGCUUCAGCCCGGAUCUCACCUGGCCUCGCCGCAGCAUCAUGCCGGUCAGCAUCCGCAAUCGGCUCUGCAGCAGGCUCAGCAGCACCAGCAACAGCAACACCACGCAUCGCUGGCCUCCAUGCAAACAGCGAGUGGUGGAAGCGGCGGCAGUCACGUCAGUCUAUCCCAUUCGAUCUCGCAGCAACUCCACUCGCCGUCAUUUAAUGACGACUUGCUGAUGUCGCCAAGCGGCCCCAAUCAACACCUGCAAGCGGUGAACAACGUUUCCCAACAAUCGCAGCAGCAGCAGCACCUACAUCAACCAAAACAGCAACAAUCGUCGAUGAACGAUCUCCCGUCGAUGCACGGUAGCGCUGCUCUGGAACAGCAGCACCAAGCUCACCAGCAACAUCAGCAGCAGCAGCAUCAGCAAUCGCUUGUCGAACUGCCACCAAUAUCGUCCAUUACUGAUCAGCAACAACAGCAGCAUCUGCACCAUCACCACUUGCACCAUCACCAUCAGCAGCAUCAACAUCAUCACCAUCACCAUCAACAGCAGCAGCAACAGCAGCAACAGCAAGCUCAGCAGCAAGCUCAGCAGCAGCAACAGCAACAGCAACAGCAACAACAACAGCAGCAACAACAACAGCAGCAACAACAGCAACAGCAGCAACAUCAGUCGCAACAUCAUUCCUCAAGUGGAUUAAUUGAGCAACAGGAGCCCCAUCAUCAGCAGCAACAUCAGCAACAAAUGCAACAGCAUCAGCAUCAUCACCAUCAACAGGCGCAACAUCAGCAGCAUCAGCAACAUCAUCAGCAGCAGCAGCAGGUGCCGCCUACGUCCGACUUUAGCCUGAUCGACAGCUUGGCAUCGAGCAACGCGAAUGAGGCUCCGCCCAGCUUGAGCCAGACGAUGACCGCUGGCAGCACGGCGGCAUCCGUUUAUUCACACGACACCCUAACGCCCCUGGCGGAGGUCGUAGACCCCCGUCAGCAGCAGCAGCAACAACAGCAACAGCAACAACAGCAACAGCAACAACAAUCGGUGUCUGCCGAGCAGACCGGUAGCAGUAGCAACGAGGAAUCUCGCGACAGCAUCGUCCCGGCCCCGGCCGAAUCCAAUACGGACGAUACGAAGUCAUCCAGUUCGAGUUCGCUAAUGGCUGGCACGGACUUUGAGGCUUUGCAUCAGCAGCAACAGCAACAACAGCAUGCCACUGCGGCCGGUUUACUGCUGGGACAAGACAACAACCUCACCGGCCUAGACUCGGAGCCACUGAAAGACCCAUCGAUGGACGGAAGUGCCACACUGCUGGACGAACAUCACCAACAUUCCGACAGUCUGUUGGCGAACGAAACGUCCUCGAUGCUGGAGCUGGGCGAGUCGAUAUCGAGCGAACCAUCGGCCGGAGGGGGCGCUCUGGCGUCGUUGACGGACCUACAGGCACCGGAAGUGACGACGGCGAGCAAGAGUCCCGAUCAGACCACGGUGGUACCGACGUCGACGACAGCAGUCAACGACACGACCAUCUUGCUGCCCGGUGGUGAACCCGCCAUAUCGACCAGUACCGUGUCCGCCACGGGAACGACCUUGGCUCCGGUCGGUCCACAGCUGCACUCCCAUCCACUCCCGUACACAGGGGGUCCGACGGCAGCAGCAGGGGUGGGUCUUUACGGAAUGCAUCCCACUUCGGGUGGCACGAUGGUGCACGUUGGGGCUCAAGGUGCACCACAGACUGGCGGAACUGGCGUGGCGGCGGGUGCUACAGGGCCCGAUGGCAUGAUGUUGGUGCCACCGCCGCCGCCACCCUAUCAAACGCCGCUUUCGCACGCCCAAGAGCGGGCCGCUAUCCAGCAGCAGAUGCAGGACAUGUACAAGCUACCGAUCGCUGACAAUCAGGACAAGAUGAUGCGCCUCCAGGAACGGAUGGCCAUGUUGCAGCAGCACGAAACGGCCGACGGGUGCCAGGGGCUGGGCCCUCAGCCGUGCCUGCUGAUGCAAAGCCAUCCGCUGUACCCGCAAACGACGGCCCUCGGUGUGGCGGCUCCGGUUUCGGCGGCCGCCGCAGCAGCGGCAGCGGCAGCUGCCGCUCAAGCCAUGAUCGACAGUCCGCAGGUAACGAGCACGACGGGCCGUGGACGAGCCCGAGCACCGUCCAGCAAACCGCGCAAAUCUCGGGCGAAAAAGUCGGCCGAAAAACAGACCACCGCCGCCCAACAGGAGGCGGCCGUGGCUGGCACUCCGGUGGUGCUGCUGGCCACCGGGCUUGGUGGUGGUGGCGGAAUCACCUCGGGCGAUGAGGCUUCACAACCGAAUGCACCACUGGCCACGACGCUGCUACCGGUCUCGGAAGAUUCCGUAACGGCGGGAACGGGCCUCCCGGAGGUUAGCUCCGAUGGGUUCCACGAGCUGGCGCUGGAAGGUGCUGGCGUUGGGAUUAAUGCCGCCGGUGGUGGUGAUCUCUCGCAAGACGGUAAUUUGUCGUGCAGUGCGGGCGAUCUCGACACAUCGACCGAUGCGUGCGGAAAGAAGAUCAAAAAACGGCGCAAACCUCGUGAAUCGAAAAAACCGGCCAAGGGCGCAGCGGCAGCGGCCGCAGUUGGAAGUGACGAUGGGCUAUCGAUCGCUUCGACCGAGAGUGUGGUGAAGGAUUCUCCGGUGACGAAGAAGGAAAGCAAAUCGAAGAAGAGCUCGAAGAAAAGGAGCAAGAGUAGUCGGAAAACCACCGCGGCCAAUGCGGCGAGCGACGGUGACAAUUCGCUGCUGUCGAUGGAUGAUACGGCGGAUGGCGUGACGCUUGCCGGCGAGGCUGCUGGCGAUCAUGAGCAAUCGAAGGCGUCCGAGGAGAAGGAGGAGAAUCAGUCGUUGGCCUCACUAAUGCACUCACAGCUUGUCCCGAACGAGAUUGAGCAAAGCACUGCUGUCUCGGAGAAUGCGACAGGCGAGGGCGCGGCAGACGACACGAAAGAGUCACUGGCGGCAAUGCUGACCGAACCGGCUGAAUCGGCGGAAGGAGCAGCAGCAGGUGGUGACGUUCCAUCGUCGGCAACCGGCGAGGCAGGUUUCGGGGACAAUCUCACUCCUGCUGCCGAUGUUCCAGCCGAAGCCGGCGCAGAAACGGAGGACCUGGGGGUUGGUGAUGAGCAGUCGAAGGGAGCGAUUACUACUACGACCACGGAGGAAGCUCCCGAAGGUGGUGAUAGCAGCAUGACAGAGGCCACGGCUACCAAAGCGGAAGAUGUCACCGAUUUUGACGACAUCCCCGUAUCGAAAAUACCCAACAAUAAGCAUCCGGCCGCUGCACAGCAGGAAGAGGAGGAAAAGAAAGCGCACGAUGAGAGUGGUGUAAGCGAAGAGACGGAAACGCCUAGCAAGAGCAAGAAAAAGAGCAGCAGCAGCAGCAAGCGCAAGGAGGGUGGCGAGGGAGGUGGUAGCAGCAGCAAGAAUCGUAAUCGUCCUAGCGGUGGCAGUGGCGGAUCUUCGUCACGGCGAAGCGGCGGUUCUAAAUCUGGUGGCAGCUCCAAGAGUCGAUCGCGUCGCAGCCGAAUGAUCGUUACCGAGUCCGACGGUGAAGGGGACGAUCUGUUAAGCACACCGCCUCCGUCGCCGCCGCCCGACAUGGACGCGGACAGUUCCAAGAGACGCUCGGCCCGUAACACGCAGCGCAAAAAGUACGUCGAUGACGUGAUGUUGCGUUUCUCGGACGACGAAUCCGGGCUAAUGUCACCGACACCCGCUUCGGGCGGUGGCCGAAAGGAUCGACGGUCGGAUGGAGCGCUCGAACGGAAGGACGUUAGUGCGGUGGCGGAUGGUGGCGUCGCUUCCGAGGGUGCAGCUGGCGGUACCGUUGGAGUCGACGGUUCCGUGGCUGGCAGUGGUGAUACUAGUGGUGGUGGUGGCACCGCCGGAUCGUUGGCCGGUGAAGGGGACGAUAAGGUGAGCACUUCGGAAGGUUUAGCGAAAGUCGCUGCGAUGCAAGAUGCAAGUGGCGACGUCAAACUGGACGAAGCCAACAAACCCAACUACGUGUACGUCAACACCUCGGAGGAAGAUUCGAUGGUCGUCCAGCUAGUGCUGGCCGUACGUAAGGGAAGGCGCGAGCUUAAACCGGAACCUCCGCCACGGCCUCCGAAAGAAAAAACACCCGAUCGGGAAGCGGGCGAAGAGGGGCUGAAGAGCGAACCCAAGGAGGGUGCUGAAGAGGGCGAUACGACGGAAGCUAGUGCCCCUGGUGAUGCAGUAGUUAAAGUAGAAUCCGACAAAGGGGAAGGUGAAAAGGAGGCCGACCCUGCAGAAGACGACGCAGAACAGAAAGCCGCGGAUGAAGCCACUACGAAACCGACCGAGGAUGAAGGUGGUGAAGUCAAGAAGCUCGCCGAAGAAACUGCUGAGAAGGUUCCUUCCACCGCCGAUCCAGUUGCUGAAAGCAUGGAAACGGAUGUGCCCGAAAAGAUCAAGGACGAAGCAGCGCUAGAAUCGGAGGUGAAAGUAGCCGAUACGGAACCACUCUCAAAGACUGGCGAGCCGGAAAAGCAGUCAGAACCGAUGGAAACGGAAGAAAGUUCCGUGCCCAAACCGGAAGCGAAGGAGGAUGAAACGGGUGAAAAGAUUGGUGCUGAACCGCAAAACCCGGAAAGCGAUGAAAGCACUUCCAUUGAACAAUCGGAUGCUGUCGGAAAGAUGGAAGUAGACAAGGAUCCGGACACGAAGCAAACGGACGACGCAACAACAGAAUCCCCGACGGUGAAGAAAGAGGAGGAAGACUCGGCCGAAAUGACGGCACCGGUUGGCAGCACGGCGGCAGAGAUAAAGAAAGAAACGGCGAGCGGCGAGCCGCCGGAGGAGGACAAGAAGCCGGAACCGGUGUACAUAGACGUGGAGGAGUACUUUGUAAAGUACCGGAACUUUUCCUAUCUGCACUGUGAGUGGCGCACGGAGGAUGAGUUGUUCAAGGGCGACAAGCGGGUCGGCAACAAGAUCAAGCGCUUUCUGAUGAAGCAACAGCAGCAGCUAAACAUCUUCGAAAGCCUGGACGAGGAGUCGUUUAAUCCGGACUUUGUCGAAGUGGACCGGGUGCUGGACGUGUCGGAGCUGACGGACGACGAGGGAAAGUCCGUGAAGCACUAUCUGGUCAAGUGGAAGAGCCUGCCGUACGAGGACAGCACCUGGGAGCUGGAGGAUGACGUGGAUCAGCCGAAGAUCGAGCAGUACCACAAGUUCAACAAAAUCCCACCCAAGAGUGAGUGGAAAACGAAGAAGCGACCCCAUCCGGACCAGUGGAAGGCACUGCCCGAGUCACCGAUCUACAAGGCGGGCAACAGUCUGCGGCCGUACCAGCUGGAGGGCCUGAACUGGUUGCGCUACUCGUGGUACAAGGGCAACAACUGCAUCCUGGCCGACGAGAUGGGCCUGGGCAAGACGAUUCAGAGCCUCACGUUCGUCAACUCGGUGUACGAGUACGGUAUCCGGGGUCCGUUUCUGGUCAUCGCGCCGCUGUCGACCAUCCCGAACUGGCAGCGCGAGUUCGAGGGCUGGACGGACAUGAACGUGAUCGUGUACCAUGGGUCGGCGACGAGCCGACAGAUGAUCCAGGACUACGAAGUUUACUACCGUACCGAAACGGGCAAACUGAUUCGGGACAUUACGAAGUUUAACGUGCUCAUCACGACGUUCGAAAUGAUCGUGACCGAUUAUCAGGAUCUGAAGAACUUCACAUGGCGAACGUGCGUCAUCGAUGAGGCGCAUCGGCUAAAGAACCGAAACUGUAAGCUGCUCGAGGGACUGCGGCAGCUGAAUCUCGAGCAUCGGGUGCUCCUGUCCGGGACGCCGCUCCAGAACAAUGUGAACGAACUGUUUUCGCUGCUCAACUUCCUCGAACCGAGCCAGUUUGCGUGCAGCGAGGAUUUCUUGCGCGAGUUCGGCAGUCUCAAGACCGAGAGCGAGGUGCUGAAGCUGCAGGCGCUGCUGAAACCGAUGAUGCUGCGCCGGUUGAAGGACGACGUGGAGAAAUCGCUCGCACCGAAGGAGGAAACCAUCGUCGAGGUUGAGCUGACCAACAUCCAGAAGAAGUACUAUCGCGGUAUUCUGGAGCAGAACUUUUCGUUCCUCAUGAAGGGCACCACUUCGGCCAACAUACCGAAUCUGAUGAACACCGUGAUGGAGCUGCGCAAGUGCUGCAUCCACCCGUAUCUGCUGAAUGGGGCGGAGGAUCAGAUCCAGUACGACUACCGGCAGCAGCAUGGGGAAGACGCCGAGGCGUACUACAAAAAUUUGAUCGUAUCUUCCGGCAAGAUGGUGUUGAUCGAUAAGCUGCUGCCGAAGCUGCGGGCGAACGGACACCGGGUGCUAAUCUUCAGCCAGAUGGUGCGCUGCCUGGACAUUCUGGAGGACUAUCUGAUGUACAAGAAGUAUCCGUUCGAGCGGAUCGAUGGCCGCAUUCGCGGUAACUUGCGUCAGGCGGCCAUCGAUCGGUACUCGAAGCCGGACUCGGAUCGGUUCGUGUUUCUGCUGUGCACCAAAGCGGGCGGAUUGGGCAUUAACUUGACGGCCGCUGACACGGUCAUCAUCUACGACAGUGACUGGAACCCGCAGAACGAUCUGCAGGCGCAGGCACGGUGCCAUCGUAUCGGGCAGCAGAAGAUGGUCAAAAUCUAUCGGCUGCUGUGUCGCAACACGUACGAGCGUGAAAUGUUCGACAAGGCGUCCCUGAAGCUCGGUCUCGAUAAGGCCGUCCUGCAAAGUAUGAACACGGGCCAGAACAAGGACGGCACACAGCGGCAGAUGUCGAAGAAGGAGAUCGAAGAUCUGCUCAAGAAGGGCGCCUACGGUGCGGUGAUGGACGAUGACGCGGGCGAUAAGUUUUGCGAGGAGGACAUCGACUCGAUUCUGUUGCGCCGCACACAGGUGAUCACGAUGGAAAGCGAGAAGGGAUCGACCUUCUCGAAGGCAUCGUUCGCCGCGGCCGCCAACCGGAGCGACAUCAACAUUGACGAUCCGGACUUUUGGAACAAGUGGGCCAAACGGGCCGAGAUUGAUCCGACCGCGUGCGAGAAGGACGAAACGGAGGAUCUGGUCAUAGCGGAACCGCGCCGUCGGACUCAGAUCAAGCGCUACGGCCACGACGAUGUGCCGAUGGACAUUUCGGACGAGUCGUCCGGUGAGCAAGGUACGGACGGGGAAGAAGGUGGUGGUGGUCUGAAGACACGCAGCAAGCGAACGCGCGGGGCGAAGGAGAAGAAAAAGUUGCAGCAACUGCAGCACGACGAUUAUGUGCCGCGUGAUCGAGAAACGCUUGCGGUGUUGGGAGCCGACGAAGUUUCUUACGGCAACUGGGCCAGGUCUGAGUGCUUCAAGGUCGAAAAGGGGCUGCUGUCACACGGCUGGGCACGAUGGACCGAAAUUCUCGAGCUGGGACAGUUUAAGCGCGGCUGGCGAGAGCAGGACGUUGAAGAUUGUGCCCGUGUCAUUCUACUCUACUGUUUGGAGCGCUAUCAGGGUGAUGAGAAGAUUAAAAACUUCAUCUGGGACCUGAUAACACCGAACGAAGGCGGCGAACAGCGAGAGAUUGCCCGCAACCACAGUGGCCUGCACAAUUUGGUCCCCCGAGGCCGAAACGCUAAAGGGCGGAAAUCAACGUCGGGUUCAACGUCGGCCUGCAAUACACCGAAGCGGGAAUCGAGUGCAACCGGCGGCGGUGGUGGCAACGGUGGAUCGGGAACUGCAACACCGGGUCCCACUACUCCGCAAUCAACUUGUCCGACGACGGCGGCGGUUGUUGGCCUAGGAAGCAGCAGCGGAGCGGGUGAAGCAAACGAGGACGCUUCGUCCAACUCUUCCGGUCCGAAGGGCGAAAAGUCGGCCAAAUCCGGAUCCGAUACGGGUGGCACCAAUACACCGACGUCCGAUCCGCACCAUUGGAGCAAGGACGAGAAGUACGACGCGGACACGCUGCUGGACAUAAACUACAAGAAGCACCUCACCAGACACGCUAACAAAGUACUGCUACGCGUUCGAAUGCUGUACUACAUCAAGCACGAAGUGCUGGGAGAUUUAGUGAACCAAAUCAAUGAUGGCGCUAACGCAAGUGAUCUCCCAAUUCGGCCACCGCCUACGCCCGAUCAGCUGCCGUGCUCAUGGUGGAAUCCAAAUUGUUGCGAUCGAAGUUUGUUGGUGGGAACGUACAAGCUUGGCUGCGAAAACUACCGCGGGAUGCGAGCGGAUCCGAUGCUCUGCUUCCAGAGCCACUGUGGCCCCGGUGAUGGCACCAUCGAAGAGACAGCGAUUGUGAAAGAAACGGACGACGAUGCAAACUCCAAACAGGGAGACAAUGAGGAAGAUCCGGAGGAUGGUGUUCCGUCAGAGAUGAGAUCGGCCUCGGUUGGCAUCGACUCGAAGGAUGAUGAUGAAGAAUCCACAGCGGGUACGACUAGCGCACCGACACCGGCCCCGUCCGACUCGAACCUGGAGAACCUGGCCUGGCCAACGAUGCAGGAUCUGAACACGCGGCUGCGACGGGUGAUCACGUCCUACCAACGCAACUACAAGAAAGAGGAGCUGAAGCAGCAACAGAAGGCCAAGCUACAGUCGAUAGUCCCGCCAGCGGGCACACCGACACUGUCCGGGCAGUCAUCCUCUUCGCCGUCGACUCCUUCAACCACGCCUGGGCCAAUGAUUGUCACAACCACAUCACAACAGCAACAACAGCCCCAACAGCACCAGCAAGGACAACAGACACAAUUGCAACAGCAGCAACAGCAAGCGCAGGGAGGAAACGCGAUGGGUCUGACACAUUCCGGCAGCGGCGGUGGUGUGUACGGAUCUUCCGGCGGCGGCGGUCUUGGGCACACGUCGAUCGGUUCGGUUGGUAAGGGAGUGCAACAGCCACAACCGUCCACGAGCAGCGGCGUUGGCAGUGGAGGCCUCGGGGGCUUGCAGGCACCCACCUCCGGGAUGCCAACGGCGGCCGAUUUCAGUCUCAUGCUCAGCCUUGGGCUGGGUCUCAAUCCGGCCGACCCGAACCAGCUGGCGAACAUAGAUCUGCAGAAGCUUGCGAUGUACUUGAAAAUGGAACGGCGUGAAAAGAAUGAGCAAGUUAUGCGUGAACGGGAGCGCGUUCGGUUGGAGCAGAUACCGAAGAAGUGGACACGGCGCGAAGAAAACGAGUUCAUUCGCGUGCUCACCGGUUACGGCAUCGACCUGCAGCCCAACACGACCGUCCCCACACCCGAUUGGAGUCGCUUCAAAGUGUUCGCCAAGUUGGACAAGAAAACGGACGAAAAUCUGAGCGAUUUCUACAAAGUGUUCAUUGCGAUGUGCAAACGCCAGGCGUGCGUUAAGCUGAACGACGACGAGAAGGGUCUCGACGGGCUGGUCGAUGAUGUGACGGAGGACCACGCAAAGCUGAUUCUGGACCGCCUGGAGCUGCUGUCGAAGGCGAGGCAAAUCAUCAAACACCCGAAGCUGGAGGAAAACAUUCGGCUGUGCGAAAACAAUCUCGACACGCCCGACUGGUGGAUCCCGGGCCGGCACGACCGUGAGUUGCUGCGUGCCGUGCUGAAGUACGGUAUCUACCGCUCCGAGCAGCUCAUUCUGGCCGAUCCCGAGUUUCCGUUCUACGAGUCGGCCCGGAAGUACCUGCAGCAGCUGGAAAUGCAAAUUCAACUACAAAACCAACACCUCAUGAAGAUGCAGGCAGAAGCAACGGCCAAAGCGGAAGCGGCCGCGGCCGCCAAAGCCGCCGCCGCUACCGCUGCUGCCGCGUCCAAAAAUGCGUCACCUGAAAAGAGCACCACUGCCGCCGCCGCAAAGACGGUGAAACAGGAGCAAGAAGCAGCGCCGCCGACCGUUGUUGUUUCGGUUGAAGAGGGAAAGGAUGUUGGUAAAGAUGUUACUACCAAAGCGGAAGUGGUUUCCCCGGUGAAGAAAGAACAACCGGCCGCCGCCGAGCUGCCUGCGGAAGAGGUGAGCGUAGAUCUGAAGACCGCUUCUUCGGUUUCGGAAACAGAUGGCAAAGAAGAGGAAGCUGCAGGAGAUGCCAAGGAAAGGAAAUCUCCGGAAAAAGUUACAGAGGAACCUCCGGCUGUGGAGAAUAUGGAACAGGAAACUUCCGAGCAGGUACCGAUUGAAAAGUCAGAGCGUGAAAAGAUGUCGCCCGAGAAGGAGACAAUGACGGCCGACGAAGCAUCUCCGGUCAAGGAAGUCGCUUCGGAAAAGCAGCUAACGGAGAAAGAGAAUGCUGUUGACGAAAAGACGAAUCUUCCCUCGAAGGAGCUUUCCGAGAAAACGGCGGUUGUCGAUUCCAAUGUCGCCGCCGAUGUCGUCGAGCCGGCCAAAGACGAAGAGAUGGCCGCCGAAGAUGGCAAGGAGCCACUCACCGAAGUGCGUUCGCCAGAAAAGUCGGUGGAUGAUAAGGCUGACGAUGCCGUUACCGCGUCCACCGGCGAGGAGCAGAAGGCCGCCGAUGGUCCCGAGAAAAUGGCUGAUGAGCUGUCGAAAUCGCCGGAAGAAAGCCCCGAAAAGCAGGAUGAUGCAGUGGCCAGGGAAGAAAAAAUCAGUGCUGAUGGCGGCGAAAAGGACGAAUCGGCCACCGCUACUGAAUCGGAAGUGAAACCCUCAGAUACCGAAGCGGCCAAAGAGGUGGAAAUGGAAACGGCUGCAACGGUUGACCAGAGCUUAAGCGAUGAUUCGAAGACCGAGCAGAAAGAGAAGGAUGAUGAUAAAAUGGACACCAACGAAGAGGAGCCGAGCCUUGCUUCUCCGAAGCCACCAGUCGAUGGACGCAAAACACCGUCCGUCGAGCGGGAAUCGCGCAUGGAAGUAGACGAACCGACCGGAGACGACGCUAAGGACGGCGAAACGGCAGACAAAAAAGAAGGUGCCCUGGUAGAAGAUGCCCCAGCCGACACUAUCACCGAAAGCACUGCUAAAGGUGCACAUGAUGAGAAGAAAUCGGAGACGGAACCCGCCUCAGAACCGAUGCCAACCGAUGCGGAAGGUUCGGAAGAUGUUUCUAAAGCAGAGACCACUGAGAAGAGCGAGGAACAGGUAGCAUCUACUGAGACUGCCAAAGCGGAAACUGUGGAAGAGCCAAAGGCAAACGAGGAGGAGCAUGGUUCGGAAGUGGAACCCUCAGCCGCGGUCAACCAGGAAGCAGCACCUAGGGCUUCAUCUCCCACUAAAGAACCAGAAACGGUAGCCAGUGCCGAACCUGAAACAAAGAAUGAAGCCGAUUCUGCUGGUUCCUCCGAACCGGUCGACGAAAGCACUGCGGUUGCGGCUGCUCCUGAAGAAUCCUCGGCUACGGAACCGGUCAGUGACGUGGUGCCGAUGGUGGUGGAGACGGCGAAAUCGAAAGCAGCACCCGAAAGGUCACCGUCUCCGGAUGUUAUCAUCGUGGAGGAGAAGAAGUCGGUCGAGGUGAAACCGCCGGUGGCGGCCGUGAGCUUGGUGUCUGAGGAGGAGCGCUGCUCGAAGCAGGCUGCCGAUCUGAAGGCUCGCUUCCCGGAUCUGGAGGUAUUUCAACCGUUGAUGAAGCUGAAGCAACUCGACAGCAGCAGUCUCACCAAAGAGGAUCUGAAAAACAUGAGCAAAUUUGCCAGCAUGAUCGAUACGUCGAUGAUCGUGAAGUGGUUCCGCGAUUUUGCGCUCGAACGUCGCGUUGGGCACAUUAUCUACUGCGUCGAGCAGAGUGAGUGGCCGGUCGGCAAAUCGUACUCGGCGUACACCGGGUGCCUCGGGAUCGAUCUGGAUAUUCCGCUGUACGAGACGAUCAAGCGCAUCAUUCCGAUGAACGACGAUAUGAUGCGCCGGUCGGCGUCCAGCACACCGGACGUGAUCACGAUCACGACCGAUCACCAGAAUGCGAAGCAGAUCAGCCAGGCUGCGGCGCUUGGUCAGCACUCGGCGACGAUCACCGGUGGUUCGGCGGGUGGCGGUGGUGGAAUGGUGAUGGGAAGCAGUUCCUCGAUCGCUGGACCGGGCCCCACAUUGCAGGCGAUGAGUCAGAGCAUAUCGGUGGCAGCAGCUCAUGCCGCGGCGGUAGCGGCCGGAGUCGGUGUGACGAUGCCACCGACAAGUAAGAAACGCAAGCGCCACAUUGCUAUCGAUGUUGAGACCGAGCGAGCGAAAUUGCAUGCGCUGCUGAAUAAUACUCAAAGCCCAGUUCCGAACUCAAAGUCACAACCGUCACACUCGUCGAGCAACAACAGUGGCGGCGGUAUCCAAUGGAACGACGAGGACGUGCAGGAGAUUCGAAGCAACGCACGGGGCGGCAGUGGCGGCGGCGGCGGCACAAACUCGCUGCAACCACCACCGGCCCAUCAGCAUGCGCCGCGGAACCAAAUGUCCUACCCGAAACCGACGCUCAUUCCCGGAACUUCCAGCACACUAACGCCGAUCGAUUUAUCUUCCAGUUACAGUCUGCCAAAGGUUAAUAUUGCGGAGAUGAUCAAGAACAGCAGUGUGGCGGCGGGUGCCGCCUCCGGUGGCCCGAUGGAUCUGAGUGAGGUGCAGGACUUUUCGAUUGGAAAGAACAAAAAGUCCUCCAACAGCCAGCAGCAGCAGCAUCUGCCGAGUGGCAUCAGCAUUACCAGUGCCUCCGGGCCGGCGGGAAUGAUGCAGUCCCCGUCGGCUGCCGUGGCAGCGGCAGCGGCCGCUGGCAAGGGUAAACUGAACGACAUGCUGUCGAAGCUGAUGAAGAAGAACAACGUUAGCGUGCCGAUUGAGGAGCCGCCGCUGGGCAAAGAAAAGAAACGCCGAAAGCUGGACGAGAUCGUGCUCGGGCUGUCGGCGGCCAAGGAACACAAGACGAUCUUCGGUGAUCCGACACCGCCCGGGGGCAGCUUUUCGGGCAGCUCGAUGAAGAAACCGCAGAUUCCGCCGAGCGUAUCGGUGACCCCGGCCAGUGGCCCGUCCUCGGUGAGCCAACAGCCGCCCCAGAAACCGUUCACCAUCACCGUCACGAGCGUUCCGGGUAAUCCGAAGAAUCAAGGGGCUGGUGGUUCUGGUUCCGGUUCGUCGGCGAGCAGCAACGCGAACAGUAAUGCCGCCGUAGCGGCCAGUAUGCAGGCGGCCCUGCAGGGCAUGUCGGGCAUGUCGUCGAAGGACAGUCUGAACGCCCUGUUCGCGCAGGCGGCCCAAGUCGAGCAGCAACAGUUUCUGAAGCAACAGCAGAAACUCAUCCAAUCGAUGCCGGCCAACUCGCCGCAGCGCAAAGCGUACGAGGCCAUGUUUGCCGAGAUGAAGCAGGCCGCCGAACUGAGCUCCAAGCUGGGCCAGUACGGUAGUGCGCACGACGCCAAGGUAAACAAGUGGCUCGCCGAGCAGACGGCCGCUCUGACGGAACAGGCCAUGGGAAUGGACUAUCUGUCCCGAUCGCGAUCGCGCGGCGGAUCAUCCUCUUCGCAGGGCGGCUCGAAUUCACGAUCGACGCGCGGUUCCGCGAACAGUUUGCAGCAACAGCAACAACAACAACAGCAGCAACACCACCACCAACAGCAGCAGCAGCAGCAGCAUCAGCAACAACAACAGCAGCAGCAGCAACAGCAACAGCAGCAGCAAGCCGAAAACAAUGCGAUGGCCUUCAACUGGAAAAAUCUUACCGGCGACGAGUACGUGGCCGUGAUCAACAAAAUCAACGGCAAACGGUUGACGGGCAACAAGGCGCCCCAGUUGAAGCGCCUAACGCAGUGGCUAGCCGAUAAUCCGGCCUACGAAAUCGAUCCGAAGUGGGCCGAAUCGAUCACACUUCCGGGGCCUUCCUCAGCCAUGUCGAAGGGAUCGAUGGGAGACGGCGGCGGUGCUGGUCAGGGUCAGGGUUCGUCCUCAUCAUCGUCAUCGGCCAAGCAGAUGCGUUCGCAGCAGAAUGCAGCCGCGGCCGCUGCCGCCAGUCAGCAGUACGGCGGCAGCUCGGGUGGCUCAGGCACUGGCCAACAAUCGUCCUCCGGCUCGACUUCUUCGUCGUCGAAGAAACACUCGCAAAGCAGUAGCAAUGCAGCGGCGGCUGCGGCGGCCGCUGCCGCCGCCAGUAUGCAGUUCCCUGGCUUGGCCGGGUUGAACGCGAACCUACUGUCCAGCAUACCGGGGCUGGGAAGCUUCGACCCGAAGAACAAUCCACUGUUGAUGCCAUUCGGUAGCAUGCCAGGCUUGGCCGGGCUCGGUGGUCUGGGAAAUCUCAGCAACAUGAAUCUCUUCUCGAAUCUGGCCGGCCUUGGGGGGUUGUCGGCCGCCGGCAUGGAUGCGCAAAGUUUGGCGGCCAUGAUGGCCGCCGCCGGUCUGGAUCCGGCCGCCGCACUUGGGGCCGCGGCUGCCGCAGCAUCGUCCGGUGGGACGCCCACCAAAGGUGGUGGUGGUGGAGGGAAAUCACGGAAAUCAUCAUCCGCCGUCAACGAUGGAGCCGGAACGUCCGGAUCAUCCGGCUCGGGCCAACAGGGUUCCUCGAAAGGUUCCUCACAGCAACAGCAGCAGGCAGCGGCAGCGGCAGCAGCAGCUGCCGCCGCGGCCAACAGCCAAUUCCCGUUCUUCUUCCCCAACCCGAGCCUGCUCUACACACCGCUCGGUCUGGGCGGGCUGAAUCCUUACGGAUUGCCCGGUGCCGGUGGACUGGGAACGAGUGGAACCACGACGGGCACGUCGUCCUCGACGACAACCUCACGGCAAUCGCAAUCUGGCAAACAGAAUUCUCGCGGCGGCGGCGGAGGUAUGGGGGGCGGUUCGGGUGGCGGUUCUUCGCAAUCGACCGGUUCACCGGGUGGCGGUGGUGGCGGAAAGGGACGUUCUUCGGGGCUAAGCCAACAGCAAGCGGCUGCUGCGGCGGCAGCCGCCCACCAGCAGGCGGCGCGGGAAGCGGCCCAACUCCAGCAGUUGCUGCUCCCGCACGACACGCACCUUCUCGAGUCGUUGACGCGAUCGGCUGGGCUGGACAUUUCCGCCGCAUCCCAGGCCAGUCCCGGCAGCGGAGGAUCCGGCGGAGGAAGUGGUGGCCGAGGUGGAUCGAGUGCGGCCGAGAAGCAGCGAGCAAGGGAAAGUGCCGCCGCACAACAGGCCAACAAACAGGCCCUGGAGAAGCUUGAACGGGAACGGCGCAAGAUCCUUGAGACGCUCACCGCAGGCGGAUUUCCGGCCGAUCUGGCCGCCAUGCAGGCGUUUGCGACGGGGAAAAUGCCGUCCACCGGCUCGUCACACUCGUCGAAGGGUGGCAGCUCGUCAUCGCAGGCCCAAGCAGCGGCCGCAGCCGCUGCAAUGGCGGCAAUGACCGCGAAGGACCUUCCGCUGCCGAUACCGCCCGAGUUUAGCCAAGCGCUUUUCGCCGGUAUGGCAGCCCACGCUCUGUCCGCUUCGGGUGCCUCAGGGACGGGCACGGGAAGCGGUGGCCGCUCGUCAUCCCCUUCGGCCGCGAAAAAGGCGCGCGACCAGGACCUCAAAGAUGCGUUUGAGCAGUUGAGCAAAAAUCCGAUCGAACUGUUGGCCCGCAGCCUCGGCGUUGGACCCGCAAUCUCGCUCAUUCCGACCUCAUCGUCGAGCUCGUCCGCACCUUCACCGUCGGAGUCGAAGCGCGCCCGACACGAGGCGGCCCAGCUGCAGCACCACCUAUCGAAGCUCGAUCCGAAGACGCUGCUUCUGGGGGGUUCCGGAGCACCGGAAGAACUGAAAUCGUCCCCGCGCUCGAGUCGCUCGAGUGGCGCCACCGACGGAUCGUCGUCGUCGUCGGCGUUACUCGGCCUGGACAAGGUCACCCUGACGCCCGUGGCUGCCGCAAGCAUCGCUGCAUCGCUACCUUCUCAGACCACCAUCUCGCUAGCGCCCUCUCCGUUGCCGGGCGGCUCGUCGCUCAAUCUGAGUUCCAAGAGUCCGGCUUGCCUGUCGAGCUCAUCCUCGUCCGGUGGCGGCAAUUUGGAGCGCGAGAUACGCGAGCGCGAACGGGAACACCAGCGGGAGCGCGAGCGGGAACAUCGGGAGCGGGAACGGAACGAGCGGCACGAGCGACAGGAGCGCGAUCGAUUGGAGCGUUUGGAGCGACGCGAUCGCGAGGAACGUGUGGCGGCCGCGGUCGCAAUGGAACGGAUGGAACGAUCCGAGCGCAAUCUGCGCUCGUCGGUCGACAGCGUGGCGGCCGAUCUGAGCCGUGUUGCCGCUGCCGGACUCUCGGUUUCGCUGGCCAACCCAGGUGGCUCUGGCUCUCUGUCGUCCGGACGAACCGAAACCGGUGCGAAUUUGCUGGGCGGCGGAGCGUCGGUGCUCUCGUUGGCCGCACUAGGACCACAUAACCUUUCGUCGGCGGGCGCCGCAGGAGGACCGUCGACGGAGUCGAUGGGAGGUGGCGGCAGCAGAAGUGGAGCAUCGAGAACGAUCGAUGGAAAUCCCUCGGAAGCGGGCUCAUCAGCAACGGCUGGGGCGGGUGCGGGACCGGAGAUGGAUCUUGAGGAUCUGAUUGCGCCCUCGAAACUGUCCAAGUCGGGCGGUGGUGUGCUGAGCGAAGAGGAUGACCCUCAGAAACAGAUCAUGCUGCUGAAGCAAAAGCAGAAGCUGCUGCAGCAGGAGCACCUGAAGAAAGUGCACGAAGCGCAAGAAGCGCAGCGGCUGAUCGAACAGCAGCGCAUUGCGGCGGUCGAGCAGAAGCAGAAACAGGAGCAGCACCACCACCAUCUGCACGGAAGCGGCAGUGGCGCGUUGAAGCUAACGGCCGAUGAUCCUUCGUACCACCACCAGGCACUGAUGCAGGCGGCAGCCGCUGAGGAAGCAGCGGAAGCGGCCGCACUGUUGCGGCACCGUGAAUCGAAACGUCGGAGGGAAAACGAUCUCGGGGCCGAGGAAGAGUCGACGACGGAAAGGCGAAUAGCCGCCGGUGCUGGUGAGCAGCACCAUCACCAUCAUCACCUGCUCCACCCGGACCUCGGUCUGCGGGGUGAGUCUGCGGGAAACAAGAGUAUACGUGACGAGCUGGCCGGUGCUGACGGUGCACCACAUCAUCCGGCGGCCACAUCACACCCGGAAUCCGGUGCCCACUCGGUGGCGGAGGGUGAUUCCUUCCACGAUGAGCUUCACCAUCACGACUUGUCGAUGGACAAGGAAGCGACGGGGAUUGGUGGAGAGUCGGAUCACGAGGGCAUUGGUGGUGGGAUUGGUGCGUGCUCCGAAGAACGGCGAAGAACAUCGCGGCGCCAUCAGUCGUCACAUCAGCCGAUGGUGGGGCCAGAGGGCGCGGACGAUGAAACGAUGCGAUCAGAGUCGGAGAAAUCAACCCCGGAACUGUCCGGCGGCGGUGGUGGACACGGACCGGCACGCAAGUCGACACGCUCCAGUACGGAAGCGGCCAACUCGAGCGGAUGUGAAUCGAACGGUGGUGGCGGCGGCAGUGGAACGUUACUCGGUGCGAUGGCGCAGGUAUCCGGCGGCGGCGGUGGUACACCUUCCGGUGGGCGACGAACGACACGCAGCAAACGGCCACGCAGCGGGGAAGACCUGGAGUCGAUCGGUGUUCCGGAACGCAAGCGCGAACUACGGUCAAGUGCGGGGCGCCAGGCAGCGGCUGCCGCCGCCCGUAUGGCGGCCGAAGCGAAGGCAGCUGCGGCAGCCGCUGCUGCCAGCGCUGCCUCGGGUGGAUUCUCCGACAGCAGCACCGGUUCGCUCAACCUAUCCGCAUCCGGCGGAAAGGAUCAGCAUGACUCGGAUCGGGACGAUGCGCCGAUUUGACUAAAAACGAAUAAAUGACGCUUAUAAGCAGAAUAAUAGAGAUCAGAAAUAGGAGACGAGACGAUCAUCGAUCGGAUUGGAGAUCGUGUUUAGAAUAGGUAGCUUAAGUUAGAGAGCGCGUGAGAGAAAGUAUGACACUGAUAUUAACGAAUGUCGAAACCAUAGCAACCAUCUAGUGGUGGAUGAACUAACCCUGCCAACAACCAACAAACACUGUGUGCGCGUGUGACUUGGAUGGUGAGCGUUUUUGACUCAGCAACCUCCAGCGGUGAACGGACGCCAUUAUGACGUGUGUGUGUGUGCUUGCGUGUGUGUGUAUGGGGGGUGAAGAGGCUUUAGAACAACGUGGACGGAGCAUGUAACGGUUUUUUGCAACAACAUUCCCGAUCUUCAUGGUGGAUGAAGGGGUGGCGUUUCGAAAGAGUAGACAAGGACAGAUAGUGGGGUACGCUCAAAACAAUGACACGCGGUUUUAAUUGUUCGGCAACGGGCAACU